AUGUUGUUGCACGCCACGAACGCAGUUGAGUCACGCCAUAAGUCAGUCUCAAAUCUUCAUUCUAUUCAAAUAAGCCUAAUUUCCCUCACAGUGAAGCUCAACAUCGCCAACCCACAGACUGGUCUUCAAAAGACCAUCAACAUCGACGAUGAGCGUCGUUUCCGUGUCUUCUUGGAGAAGAGAAUGUCACAAGAAGUUCCAGCUGACUCAAUCGGUGAUGAGUGGAAGGGCUACAUUUUCAGAAUCACCGGUGGUAACGACAAGCAAGGUUUCCCAAUGAAGCAAGGUGUUUUGCUCCCACACAGAGUUAAGCUCUUGCUCAAGGCUGGUCACUCUUGCUACAGACCUCGUAGAACCGGUGAGCGUCGUAGGAAGUCUGUUCGUGGUUGUAUUGUCAACACGGACAUUGCUGUCCUCUCGGUUGCAAUCGUCAAGCAAGGUGAACAGGAAAUCCCUGGUCUCACUGACGCUACCCUUCCAAAGCGUCUUGGUCCAAAGAGAGCCACCAAGAUCCGCAAGUUCUUCAACCUCUCAAAGGAGGACGACGUCCGCAAGUUCGUUAUCCGUCGUGAGGUUCAACCAAAGAAGGAGGGUGCUAAGCCAUACACUAAAGCACCAAAGAUCCAACGUUUGGUCACCCCACAACGUCUUCAACGUCGUCGUCAUCUCCGUUCAGUUGCUCGUCGUAACACUGAAUCUCAAAAGGAGGUUGUUGCUGAGUACCAACAAAUCCUUGCCAAGCGUCAAGCUGAAAAGAAGGAGAAGCUCGCUGAGAUCAGACAGCAAAAGGCUGCCAAGAAGUAA